AUGGUAAGCUACAAGCUUGGGUACCUGUUGGUGAUCCUUCUGGUCCAGCGCAAUUACACCUUCGAAGAGGAGAAGGUUUCGAAGGCUCAGAGCCAAAGCCAGAUUCCAGUGGCAUUGCCACAAAGUGGGACUGUCUUGCCUGACCCCUUCGCAGCUCUUGGACAUCAAGCGACGUCUUGGAAAUCACCAUUCUCAAGACCCAGGUUUUCUUGCCCAUUUACAAUUCGCAAUGUCUACAACAGUGAAAACGCCGUGGAUGUGUGCGUGGUGUCGGAGGUUGAAUCGACACAACGCAAACCGCUGUGGCAAAUGCGACAGCUUAUGGCAACAUUGUGUAGAUGUCAAUUACCGCCAUGGACAGCAAGGCGGCAAUUCACCGAGGAAAAGAACACCCUCGAGGGAAAGAAGAAGAGCAAGAAGGAAAAAGCAGACGAUAUGCCAGCUCUGGAUCCGCCAUGGAACGGAGACGACAAUGCUGCUUUGCCUUCGCCAUCCAUCCCAGACAACAAGGCAGAAACAAGACUGCAAGAAUUGGUCAACGAGCUCAAAAAGCCUGGCAACACUUUGACGACUGGCGUACAGCAAAUUGUCUCAGAGAUGCCGGACUCUCCUGCCGCCACAGCUGCCAACAUGCAGAGUGCAUGUGCAAAGUUGGAGAAAGCUCGCAAGAACUACAAGGAUGCGUUGAAAGAGCGGCACAACAUGCAUGCGAAGUGGUCCAACUACCUCGCCCAAAGUGUCAGCAGAUGGAAGAAAUUCGCAACCGAGUUCACCGAGAAGGACCAGGGAUUGGAAAACAAGGUACAAAAAGCCAAAGAGACCUUGCAAGCGGCCAGGGAAAGAGUCGAUGUCACCAAAGAGGCAUUGACCAAAGUGGACGCAGAAAUCCUGGACGAAGACCAAGUGAUCUCGGCAGAAGAAGAAGAGAUGGAUACUACGGAGAAGCUGGACUCCGCAGACACCAUCAAAGCAGGUAUCACAGACAUGGUAGCAACCCUGGAGAAUAUCACCAAGCUCACGGCUCCUGCAGAUCCAGAUGGACAAGUUGCCAAGAGAGCUCGUACAGAAGAAGGUGGUCCUGGUCUUGACCUCGCAUGGGAACUGGAUACAGCGUUUUGUCCAGCUGUUCCACAGAUCAAGACAAAGACACGAGUCAAAGAUGCACAUGUCAGUCUUGCCACUGGUGUUGACUUCUAUGUGGGCCAUGAAGACGACAUCAUGAUGGGCAAGUGGAAGACAUCUUUGACGGCACCAACUACAAGUAUAUUAUUUCCAGACCCUGCAGAUUUGGUUGAAGGUACUGACAAUGAUCUGACCUCGUUCAUGGCUGCAGUGGCACCGAAUAGUCCCUCGCCAUUGGCUGAGGCACCAAUUACUUUGAUGGAGAACCCCAACAUUGCACAACAGACGGAUGAGGAGAAUCAUGGCCCUCAGGUACAGGAGGCGCCACAAUCUCCCACUGAUGCAUCAGAUGCGGUCUCUGAUGUGCCAACGGAAUGGUAUCCCACAGUGGUUUACUCACUUCAUCAUGAACCAAUCUCAGCAUGGCUUGACUGGGAUGAUCGUGACGAAACGUACAGGCAUGUUGCGGGAGCUCUUGAUAUUCAUGUUGAUAGAUUACUUCAUCUUCAACAAGUUUAUUUUACACCAGCAGAUUUGAGAAGACUUCAUGUUGAAGCUCUGAUUGCGUACGAGAUUGGCGAUAUUCCGGAAGGAGCUGAUGGAAGGGCAGUUCUUCUUGAUAUUGAAUUCCACAGUCAUUUACCCAGAAGAACGCCUGAGAUCAUCCGACGCAUUUUCCUCUUGCCAAGUCGAGUGCAACGUUCGGGACUAUUGCAAGGUCUUGGACUUCUUCCACACUGCACUGAUGCUGAAGGAACAGAGCUGAUUUGGCACAAUGAUGAUGUGUGCCGACAAUCACAUUCCACAUGGAUUGACCUGACGGAUGGGGACUAUGUGCGCAUUGCACUACCUCCACAUCCAGCUGAACAAUUGAAUCAUCUACCAACUCGAUUUGUUGCAAGUGCCAGGUUCCGUGGGCUGUCUGUACAAGACAUCUUCUCCAAUGACCUGAUGACCAGAUUGGGCUGGAUGGAGCGUGGCACAGUCACAACCAGAUCGGUGCCCACUGACUAUGAUUUUGAUUUGCAUGAGGAUGUGGCAUUAUUUCAGACUCAUCAAUUCACGCCUGCCAUCAUUGACGCAGCAGUCAAACGCUGUCGCCUCGACUAUGACAUGACGCCGCUGCGCCAAGCCGCCAGGUCGGAUGAGGAACGGGACCCAAGACCGACACAAGGAAUCCAAGAUCAGCUACCAGUCAUUCAGGGACUCCAUCUACUUUGGCAACUACAAGGCGCCUUUGAGAGAGGACGUGCAGUUUUGGUUACGGCAGUCAAGCCAGAACAUCCCAUGGAGCAUCUUGCGACGUACAUGCCUGUGGUUGCGGGGAAAACAGACAUCAUCAUGGUUGCGCAACUUGAGAUGCACUGUCUACCGCAAACAUCGGAACUCCAAUGUAUGAUCUGGCAUGGUGAUCGUCAACUGAACACUGGACAGCAAUGGCAUUUAGUCCAUGGCACUGGAUUAGAGAUCAUCAUCAAUCCUCCUUUACCUGGACCGUCUGCCAAUGUUGCGUGGGAUCAUAGCGAUGAUGAGGUUGAACUGCUGCAACGCACUUCUCGCCACACCGUCUCGCUUGAUGAGCUGAUCCCGAAUGUAGAAGUUGUGAAGCUCAAGGCGGAAAAUCCCACGCAGAUCUUACCAACGUAUCUUGAAAUUCCAGCGCAUUCAGGAAUAGCUGGAGUACAAGCCGAACUAUGUCAUUGGGGACUAUGCUGUGAAGUGCAUCGCUUUGGCAAACGAAGCGAAUUUCUUUGCAUUGAUGAGACUCACUCAAGAGAUAUCACGAAAUUUCACUACAUGCUUUGCCAUGAUGAUCUCUGUGAUGAAGAUGGUGCAAUUCUUCACUCCACAGAUGUAGCCUUGCAGCAACCACAACUGAUGGAGCUCUUAUGCUCACUUGGUUAUCCACGAGCAGUCAUCAUGUCGCACUGUGAAGUUGACGUACAUCUCUACUGCGUGCGCUUCAUGAACGUUCAACCAGAGAUACAGGAUGACCGUCGAAGCAACAGAGUCCCAACUCCAUGGCCACAGCGACACGAUCUUCAAUGGCAACAGAGAAAGCUUUUUGAACCUCCUCCACUUCAAGACUCUGACUCUGACAAGGAUUGCUGUGUGCAGACGCCAUUUCUUCAGCAGCACAUUGUCGAGCUCACCAGUGCGGGCACUUAUGCUCUAUGCACGGACUUCUCCAGCCUUGAACUUCCAGAGUACAUCAAGGAUGUGAUGACAUCGGCUGCUACUGGUGACCUGAAUGCGGAUUGGGACAGAUGGCUCAUUUUCACUGAUGGCUCCUCGCAGACAAAGAACAAACAUUGCACACCUGAGUACGUUGAUGCUGUGCACACUCCAGAUGCAUGGGCAAUGCUUGUUCUCGGUGAGAAAUUCCACAAUGAUGGCACCAGUCAGAUAUGUCCACUUGGAUGGACAGCGCACCCAGUUCGAACAGAUCCGACUGGCUGCUGCUAUGCAGGUGCCACCAGGAUCGGUGCAGAUAUCGCAGAGCGCGAAGGCCUGCUGUGGGCUGGACUAUGGCGUAUCACUCAGAAUUGCAUAACGCCUACAGUAUUCUGUGUCGAUUCCAAGAUCACCAGUGGUCAGGCAAUUGGUGCUAUUGGUGUUUCUGAGCCUGAUCUUUCGUAUCGGCUCCUUCGUGGUGUAUUCCAAUGCCUACAGCGGGGAUUGCCAAGGGGUCACCUGGAAAUGCAUCAUGUGCGAGCCCACACCGGGGACCCAUAUAACGAAUUUGUAGACUGCAUCGCCAAGCGUGAGGCGUCCUGCAGCUACAAUUUGCCUCGUCUCAAGAUCGACAUGCAGGAGCACAUGCAACAGCACCAGCUCAUUGACCUGUACUCUCAGGUUGAGGAUCUUCAGCUCUUUGGUGACAAUGCUGCUACGUUGCCUGAAGCAGAGAUCCCAAGGCUCUUGCCGCCUCUUCAAGCUGAAGGUCCCCUCAAUGUUGCCCCGCGCUUACGUGCUGAUCCGGGUAUUGAUGAUUCCUUUUUCGUCUACAUCACGGACGCGGUCGGGCCUGGCAUGUGCAUGGAGGACUUCAUCGACACUCUCAAGAAUUAUGCGACAGACCAUGCGAUUUCAUGGACGGCUUGGUGCAACACUGUGCAGUUUUUUGCAGAGUCUUUUGGUGCAGAUGAUGCGAUAUUUGCGAACGUUGCCUGGACGGACAUGCAGAAUUGUCUUCGGUCGUUAUGCAAUGAGGAAAAUUUUCCAUUCUUGCAGAUGGUCAACAAGAAGCCGCUUCCUGCCGAUCCUGUGAGUGUUUUGGAGCAGCAAUGCGUCACAGCGAGUGAGCAGAUGAACUAUGUCAAUGUAGGAAAUGAAUUGCUUUUCUUUUCCUUGGAAGCACUGAUGGAAUUAGUGCUCACAGAUGGAUGGGCCAUCAUUGAACAUCCGGCUCCUCCACAGAAGGAACAUGCACCCAGCAUUUGGAAGCUGGCCGUAAUUCAAGCCCUAUUAGCGCUACCUCAAAUUGAAACAUGUCGGUUUUGUCAGGGACUGCUUGGUGCUUUUUCUCCCAAGCCCACGCAGCUCCUUCUUUUGAACCUCCCUGGAGUGAUUUUGGCAUUGCAUCGCUGGCGUGUGCGCCGUGAACUACCGCGCGCUGCCGCAAUUGGUUUAGACUCUCAGGGACGGUGGUGCACUACUCCGCUGAAGGAGUAUCCACCGGCUAUGUGCGGAGCACUAGCUGAAUCUUUGGGCGAAGCCUUCUGCUCUGAGCCCACUGCUGAUGCAUGUCAACCUGCGCAGUCUGACUUGGACUUGUGGAGAAGGCUCCAUGCUACUGUGUAUGGUCGCUUUGUUGGAGCAGACUACGCAGGUUGA